AUGGAAUCCAGCGCAUUCUUGGCAGAGGUCAAGAGACAGAUCGAGGAGCAGCAUGCUUUGGACAAUGCGAAGAUGCUGAUAGAAAAAGUUAACGACCACUGCUUCGAAAGAUGCGUACCCAAACCAGGCUCCGCCUUGUCGAGCAGCGAGCAGACCUGUGCGACUCAAUGCAUAGGGAAAUAUAUGCUCGCGUGGAACCAGGUCAGCAUCUCAUACAUCGGCCGCGUAAAACGAGAGCAAGUAUCGAGGUGA